CUUUAAUCUUCACUGAUUGGUUGAACACACUGAAAUGACUGGCUAUGCCAAACAGAAGUCUCUUCUGCAGUGGUUUUGGAGAACGCUUGCCUGGAUGGACCGGUGGAAACUGAACUGUCUCUGCUGGAGCCUGGCUUACCCUGCAUCAGAGAUAUUUAUAAUCUGAACAUGCUGGAGUUAUGACGUCAUCCUGCACAGCUGACCAUGACAAGCGUUUGGAGAAGCAUGCAAACCGUUCUGUCAUGGGGACAAUGGGUUGUCAGAAGACUUGCAAGGUGGAGAAACUCCUGAAACAGUCUCAUGGGGAUUUAGUGUGGAGCCAGAGACAAAGGUUAACCCCAGCAAAGAAAAACAACCGGAUGAGAGGCACAGAUAAGCUGAGAAAUGAAGUUGUGCCCCUCCAGCUCCCAUGUGUGCAGCAUUUGGGCAGUUUUCGUCUUCUAGAGAACAACAGCAGACCCCUACGACUCAACCCGGAGACCCUGAGCCACCAAAGGCUAAAGCAGCAGUUACUGGAGACUGAGAUCAGCACCAGAAGGAAGGAGUGUGAAGCACUUGAGGCGGAGGUGAAGAAAAAGAAUCAAACAUGCCAGACUUUGGAGAAUGAGCUUCAAGAUUUCCUCCACGAGAACAAACACUUGAACCUCCAGUUGUAUAACAGUAGCAACAAGACAUCUGAAUAUGAAAAGGUGAAGUCUGAGUAUGCCCAGCUCAAAGAGACCCUUGGUGCUGUGACGCAGGAGAGAGAUUUAGCCCUGUGGGAGAGGAACCAGCUCCAAGGCAAACUGGAGAACCUAGAGCAGGUGCUCAAGCAUAUGCGCGAGGCUGCAGAGCGGAGGCAGCAGCUAGAGUUGGAGCAUGAGCAGGCCUUGGCUGUACUCAAUGCAAAGCAGCAGGAGAUUGAAGUUCUUCAGAAGGCUCAGGUUGAGGCAAAAAAGGAACAUGAAGGCGCUGUCCAUCUGUUAGAGAACCACUUGGACAGCAUGCAGGCCAAAGUCCGCGAGCUGGAGGAGAAAUGUCGCUCUCAGAGUGAGCAGUUCAACCUCCUGUCAAAAGAGCUGGAGAAGUUUCGGCUCCAGGCUGGGAAGUUUGAUAUCCUCAGCACUGAACCCUUAACUGUGUGCGGAUCUCCUCCUGGGUCGCCCAACAAAUCCCUCUCACAGCUCCUUAAUGGACUGGCUGCCCCCAUAGGAAAAGGCAAUGAGGCUCCAACAAGCAGAUCUUUGAUAUCUGAGUUCAUUCGACCGCUGCAGAUCAGUGGAGAGAAGCCGGAGCUCCUCUCUGUCAAGCCAACAUUCCUCACUCGUGGUCGAGUCAGCAGCCCAGCACGGGCCUUCCUUUCUGAGAUGGACAAAGAGCUCGGCUCAACUACCAGGUCCAAACCGAGGUUCACAGGGAAGGUUCGUCUGUGCAUUGCUCGCUACAGUUACAAUCCUUAUGACGGGCCUAAUGAGCAUCCUGAGGCAGAGCUUCCCCUGGUGGCAGGGAAGUACCUCUACGUUUACGGGACAAUGGAUGAGGAUGGCUUUUACGAAGGAGAGCUGCUGGAUGGACAGCGGGGACUCGUCCCAUCCAACUUUGUGGAGUUUGUCGCAGAUGAAGAUUCAGCCUCUGUCAAACACAGGGACACAGUGGCUAAAGAACCUGGCUACCUCAACCACAGUAGCCUGGGGGCUCAGAGACUAAAAGUCGGCACAGGAGCGGGAACGAGCAUAAGCCGACUGCUGUCUGACAAACUAGACUGUUUAAGCACCAGCAGCUUGGGCAUGGACCUCCUGUGCUCCUCUAGCAACGGGACAGGAACCUUGGAUGUCAACAUUGACGAGGUCGGUGAAGACAUUGUGCCUUAUCCCCGCCGCAUCAACCUGAUCAAACAACUAGCCAAGAGUUUGAUUAUUAGCUGGGAUCCUCCUGUGGUCCCGCCGGGCUGGGGCUCCAUCAGUGGCUACAAUGUCUUGGUGGAUAAGGAGUUGCGCAUGAGUGUCCCCUACGGGGGCAGGACAAAGUCUCUUCUUGAAAAGCUCAAUCUGGAAACCAACACAUACCGUAUCUCGGUGCAGGCCAUCACUGACCGGGGCCCGUCAGAUGAGCUCCGCUGCACUCUGCUCGUGGGAAAGGACGUGGUGGUGGCACCUUACUACCUGCGGGUGGACAACAUCACGCAGGUCUCUGCUGAGCUCUCUUGGAUGCCAAGCAACAGUAACUACAGCCACACCAUCUUUCUCAAUGGUGCAGAGUACGACAUGGUCAAGGCGGGGGGCUAUAAGUACAAGUUCUUCAACCUGAAGUCCAUGACAGUUUACAAGGUGAAGGUUGUGGCGCAGCCGCAUCAGGUGCCUUGGCAGCUUCCCCUAGAUCAAAGGGACAAGAGGGAGAUCUCUGUGGAGUUCUGCACUCAGCCUGCAGGGCCCCCUCUCCCUCCCCAGGAGGUGCAGGUCCACAGUGGUCAGACGCCGGGGAUCCUGCAGAUCAGAUGGAAGCCGCCACCUCUGACGUCUUCAGGAACCUCCAACGGGGCCAGUGUGCUCGGCUAUGCUGUGUGCACAAAGGGACAAAAGAUAGCAGAAGUCCUAUACCCCACAGCAGACUAUGUGACUGUGGAGUUAAACAGGAUACAGGGUCUGGAGGCCAGGGAAAUCAUUGUAAGGACGUUAUCAACACAAGGAGAGUCUCAGGACUCGCCCGUGGCCAUUAUCCCGAACAAUCUCUUGGGCUCACCGCGCCUCUCCCACCGAACCACUGCGCCGUCCCACCCUAUGGCCCAUCCUGUACACUCUCAAACCCAUCCUCCUUACCCAUCAACGUACCCCCCAAAUCAUCCUCAGCCCCAGGUGCAGCCUUUGCCUCGAUCCCAGCCCCACACGCUGCCCCACGCACCGCCGCACACGCAGCCCGUCUGCCAACCCCCUCCUCAUUUCCCGCACCACCCCAUGCCCAAGUCCAAACCGUUAGUAAGUGCCAGAGAGCAAGAAACCAAAGAGCAUGAGGUGGGAAUGCGGACUGCCCAGCCCUGGGAGCGAGCCCCCUCUCCGCUGCCGCCCAUGCGUGGACCCAACCUGGAGCCGCCUCACUUCCAGCCACGGCGGUCGCCCUCUCCUCAGAGGAUCCUGCCACAGCCUCAGGGAGUCCCCAUCCCCAACACCAUCGCCAAGGCCAUGGCCAGGGAAGCUGCCCAGAGAGUGUUUGCCGAGGGCAACCGGGUUGAGAAAAGGAAUAUCUUUAGUGAGCGAGGUAACGCUUUGCAUCCAGUCAACUCUGAUGAGGAGGAGGACGGUUACGACUCUCCUCAUGCGAGGAGAAGAGGAGCAUCCGUGGAUGAGUUCCUCCGAGGAUCAGAGUUGGGGAGACAGCCCCACCAUCACCACUACAGCCACAGCGAGGAGUACCACACAGAGAGUAGCCGGGGUUCUGACCUGUCCGACAUCAUGGAGGAGGACGAGGAGGAUCUUUACUCUGAGAUGCAACUGGAGGAGGGCCGUAGGCGGAGUAUAAACUCUCACAACACUCUUAAGGCGUAUUACAAGCGCCAGGACUUAGCGGAGGAGAGGGACUGCUGGGACCUCCAGAGGGAGGUGGUGAAGCAGAAGUCGCUCCGCAGCAAGCGUCUCCACAGCAUCCCCGAAGUGGCGGAGGAAGAGUCCGACUGCGUGGACAGCAUGGGCCAGCGUCGCUACGAAGAGGGUGGACGGCCGGGGACGCCACAUACUCAGCGCAGGAUGUACCCCCAGGACCCCCACAUUAACAAUCAGAACAAGAACUCCCGCCACCUGCAGCGGCAGCGCUCAUCGCCCCGCUUCACCGACAGUCGCUAUGGCUACAGUGCAGACGACCGCCACUUGGUACGACCCAACCGCCAGAACACCAAGAGUCCUGACAGCGGUUUGGACUGCGGCAGUGAGGAAGAAGGCUCUUUAGGCCGAGGGUAUAGAGGGUACUACACUCAUGGGAGCCCCAUGCGGGGGCCCGUCCACAUCAUACACUGCGAAGGCCCGGUAGAAAGGCGUGCGCUGGCCAUGGGCCGUAAAAGAACUCUGACUCGCCAGUGCAGCGUAGAGGAGGAGUUCGCUGACAUCCAAGCCACAACAGCCAAGUCGGUGCACAGGGGGGACUUUAGGAACAGGGAGCACUUUGGGCCCGGUCGGGAGGUUGGGCCCAGAAACUACUCCAGGGAAGGGGCCCUGAGCGAGGGCAGGCUGGACGAGCUGGACAGGGUCUAUUACAGCCCCCACAGGGAGGCUAGGGCCCAUUCUUUGUCCAGGCUCAACAGGGACCAGCCGCUGAUCAUUGGGAACUCUUCAUCACAUGGAAACGCUGAUCGUCUGGACCACUCAGGGAGGAGGCCGGUUCACAUCGGCAACCCCCCUCAACAGCGGCAAAUACCAUCCAUUGAGAUCACCAUGGACAGUAACAGUGAGGGGAGUGAGGGGAACCUCUCACCCGUCAAGGAGGAUGUUAACUUUGGCAGUGUAGCUCGACGCAGGAUAUGGCGAUCUUUGUCCUCAGAGGAUCAAUAUGACGGCUAUGGCGGGCGCAGAACCGGGCGGGGACGGCGAUCUCCGGAUUACUAUGAGGAGUCGGAGCCAGAUGAGAUGACGCGUGUGUUUGUGGCUCUGUUUGACUAUGACCCCAUGUCCAUGUCUCCCAACCCUGACGCUGCUGACGAGGAGCUACCGUUCAAGGAGGGCCAGAUCAUCAAGGUCUUUGGGAACAAAGACACGGAUGGUUUCUACAGGGCAGAAGUCCGGGACCGAGUUGGGCUGAUCCCUUGUAACAUGGUCUCUGAGAUCCAAACCGAGGAUGAUGAUAUGAUGGACCAGCUCCUUAAACAGGGCUUCCUGCCACUCAACACUCCUGUGGAGAAGUUAGUGAACUGUGACCGUUUCAAAGAUGGCCGCUCAAUAAAUCGCAGGUCCAGAAAGUCAAAGCGAGAGAGGAACAGGCGGAGUGGCCGGCAGCAUCCGAUGUCCACACGGAGGAUGGUGGCUCUGUACGACUAUGACCCCCGGGAGAGCUCCCCUAACGUUGAUGUAGAGUAUGAGGGCAACAGACUGAAUGAGGAGCCUGAACUGACUUUCUGUGCCGGUGACGUCAUCACAGUUUUCGGUGAAAUCGAUGAAGAUGGCUUUUACUAUGGCGAGCUCAAUGGACAAAAGGGACUAGUUCCUUCCAACUUUCUAGAAGAAGUGCCUGACGAUGUGGAGGUUUUUCUCACUGACUCACCAUCUCGAUACCCCCAGGACACUCCUGCACGGAUAAAGACCAAAAGGGUUCCCCUGGAAAAAUCGGGUCCGCCCAGAAGAGCAGGCUCUCCCACAGUGCGCCCGCACACCCUCGGCUCCGGCCCUGCCACCGUGUACUCCUCCAAAGGAAAAAAGGACUGCUCUCCAAAGGGAAGACACUGUUGCAAAGACUUGGAGCUGUAAAAUAAUUUCUCCAGAUACUUCCUUGUAGUUUAAAAAAAAAAAAGCUUAGCAAAUGCUUUAUUCUUGUACAUCCAUUGUAUACUAGAAUAUUUGUAUUUUGUUAACCACAUAUUUUCAAUACCACAUUUCAUAUUUAAUCCUGAGACCUCGUUGUGUCGACCGGUAAAGUAUUCAGUAUCUUACCUCCAAGUCUGACUGAUGUUCGCUGUAGACAGAGACACGGCCGGGACAUUCUGCACUCUGUGAGUUACCUAAUUCAUCACAUUAUGAGUCCUACCUGUGUCUGUGUACAGAAAUCAGAAUGUCAAUCAAACCCAGAGGGAUCGAUUUAACCUGGGAGUUCAAUCUAAAGGAAGACAGAUUUACAGAGCCUGAUCCUUCCACACAGCCAGUUGCAUAAAAUGUAUGAGAGGUUUGCAUGCUUUACUUCAGCACAUUCCCUCCUGACCCCUGAGAGAGCAUGCAGCGGGCUCAUUACGGAGCAUGCAGUACUAUCAUACAGUGCAGCUGUGCAGUAUACUGUGACCAAUCAGCAGAACUAACUCCUACUCUUCUGCCCUAGCUCAACAUCUGUGAUAGAAGAAAUGUCAUCUCCAAACACAUUCAGUCCCUUAAAAAAAGAAAAGGAAGCACACGCUGUACCUACUACAGGAUCUCUGCAGCCUGAGUGGAAAUGCCUAUAGAUCCAACCUUCAUGUAUUUGCCUUAUAAUCGCACAAUGGUUAGUAAAUAGUAGGGCCCAGUAGUGUUCAUUUACAUAAACAAUGUUGAUCCUGACCAGUGAUGUGCGGGGUGUUGUGUGACCGUUACUGAUUAGGACCAGAGCUUACAUUUAACUGUCCAACACUUCUGUGGUGAAAAUGUCUAUCACAGUAAAGACAAUAUUUUUAUUUUUAAUAAAAGAUGAAAAAAAGGACAAAUUCUCUCUAAAUGUUGAUGCUGAGUAAAUCAAGACUUUUUUUUUGUUCAGUUUUUAAUACCACUCAUGCACACCUGGUUUAAAACAAUGACUACUCUACAGAGAAAACAUUAUUACAAGAGUACAUAAAUGUAAGUUGAUCUGUGUGCUAUAGCAUCAGCAAACCCCUGUUAUCGUACUGCAUUUUAUCAAGAUGCAACACUUUCGGGCUUCACUAGAAGACUAAGGUUUCUGUUAAGUGAGACACAAGGCUACCUCUACGAUGCCCUAACCCUUCUCACCCAACAUUUAUUAGAUCUCAAAAAUGUUUAUUAAAGCCAAUCUGUCUGUUGAUGCCUGUUCAGUGUCCCGAUUUAGGUUGGUGCAGGAUACAAGUACUGUAUAUCAAUAUAUAUAUAUAUCUACACCUUAAUGUAGAGUAGUGAAUGUAUGAUGAAUUGAAAGCCAAUGUAUUUUCAAAGCUGCCCAAAAGGAUUGUGCAGAUGUCCGUCUUAGUGCGUGAAAUGAAACAGUCCAUCUUUAUUUCCUCACUUCAUUCUGUUUUCCAUUUCAUCCUCAUGUAUCUGAAAAUCUAGCCUAUUUUUUCUAUAACAAGAGUUGAACUGAAACUGCCAAAAAAGAAUGUAUGCAAAACAUUCUGUAAUACUUUCUGUACAAUUCUCGGCCGAACAGCCUCGUUAACCUGCGAUAAAAUGAUGUACAUCUUUUCCUAUGUAUGGACCAUUGCUUCUAUUCAUUUCGAGUGACUGUUGCUCUUUUUGUACUUUGUCCAUUUGUACAAUUGUUUUUAAAUGUUUAUACUUGAUUUUCAAACUGCCUUUUUUGUACAUUCAACUUUAUAAUCAAACAGUGCAAGCUUUCCCCAUGGUGUCUUGAAGACCAUAUUGUUUUAAAAGUCUGCAAUUGUGUGCUAGCUUUAUGAUAAGAAUAUCAGCCUAUAUUGGUGGUUACAAAUUAUCGUGUGGGUGUGCAUGUGCAAUCUUUUCUAGAAAAAAACAAAAAUCUAAAUAAAUUUGAUAUUUUCUAA